UUUGAUAAAUUUUAUUUAUUUUUUGCUAUUUUUGAUACUGUAAUUAAUUGCGGUGACAACUGUUGUAUCGGAAAUAAAAAGACAACAGUUAUUUUUUUUUUCCCGAAGUAACAAUUUGAUGCGCCCAUUCCUAAAGGAAUGAUUUUUUCUGUUAACGGAUAUACAAAGAAAUCCGUUUUAUUUUGGUUUACAAAGAAAAUUAAAAAAACUAAUAAUUAUGUGGUGAAACAUCUCAUUAGUUUUGUGCAUUAUAUGUAUUAUGCCUACAUUCUAUAUUAUUCACUUAUUUGCUGAGGAAACAACAAGACUUUUUUUGCAAUAUUCCAAUUCCAAUUUAUGUUUUCCGCUGUUUUUUAUCCGUAUAAAUAUUGUUUUGGGUUUAGCUUUACACAAACGGCUAAUUUUUCUGUUUAAAAUUAUUAGUAUUUAUUAAAAACAACGUUUAAAAUUAUUAUUUGUUUGAAAAAUGAGCACAUCUUCAUUAGAUGGUGUAAUGGUUAUUGAUAGAAGACGACUGUCAGCUCAAUCAAAUGCAAAAAUUCAAAGAAGGACUAGAAGGGUGUGCGUUUUGGGGCCGUCUAGAAGUGGUAAAAGCUGUUUAAUUAAACGUUUUCUUAACAACACAUUUAGCGAAAUUUACUUUCCAACAAUUGAAGAAUGCUAUAAUCUAGACUACGUUUACAAAGGUUAUAACCUUAACUUGGACGUUAUUGAUACAUGUGGAGCAUAUGUAUUUCCAGUUAUGAGAGACUUAAAUAUUAAAAAAGCUGAUGUUAUAAUAGCAACUUAUGAAAUAAAUGACAAGUUAUCAAUUAAAGAGUCUAUUUCAAUAUGCAAAAAAGUGCUUGAAAUUCGCCAAGAUGUAGUUCCUGUUGUACUUGUUGGUUGCAAAUCAGAUUUAAAUGGAGAACCGAGAGAGAACAAUGAUUACAUCAACGAAGAAUUGAACUUGUUAGACCCCAUAAACAUUAAGCAUGUGUUAACGUCAUCCAAAUUGAACAUAAAUGUUAACGAUGCUUUUGAAGUUGGUUUUGAUGAUGUCAUCAAAAUUGUUUCUAAAAAAUCAUUGACGUCAUGCGAAAACUACUUUAAAAAUCCAAAUAAAAAAAAAAUGAUUAAUUUUUGCAUUACGUGCUAGCUGAACAGGAAUGAUAAAUAAACUUUAGAUUUAAGUUUAAGAAUUUUUAUUUUUAUAUAAAAAAAAUAAAUAAAUAAAAAGAUUAAGCGCAAACAAUUAUGUGUGGGAAUGUAGAGCUUUUUGUUUAAAAUAAACUGUAAUUAUACGACAACGAUUUUAAUGCAAUAAAUUUAUUUACGACAAUAUCGUUAAACGAUUGUAAACUAGUAUUGUAAAAAACGAUUGUAAAUUAGUAUUUUAAAACUGUAUUAAAAACUAUAUUUAAAAACUCGGGGUAAAACUGAUCACUAUUUUUAAAUUUAACCUUUUUAUUUUGAAGUGAACUUAUUAAACUUGUAGUAAGAGAUACAUAAAGAAAUAUUGCU